CCUCCGUCAGUUGAUCCUCCAUAUUUUUCGCAAAGUCCAGCUAACAAGCCAGCAGCGGUUUUCGAAGCCGAGUUGUUCUUUAUUUCCGGAUUUAUUGCGUGUGUAUUCUGUUGUGUUGUUUCCGUUUUUUGCGGUUGUUCCGGGGGUUCUUAAUUUGUAAUCAUUGGUCAAUAUUUAGUGUGGCGUUGCCGCGGCGAUUAAGUAGUUUUCCGUUUUGCUGUUGCUCGACGGUGGGGCUGAAAUUUUUCUCGAUUAAUCAUACUUGCGCGACUGCGAGUGAGUGUGGCUGUGUGUAUUGCUCAUACGUGCUACAUACGACAUACGGUACGAACGGAAUAGCAGCUCACUGUGGGGGAACCGGAGCCGGUGGAAGAAGCAGAAAAAAAAAGUCAGAAAAUUGCUCGUCGGGAGGAAGUGAACUUCCAAAUCGAACGGUUCUGCUGAGCUCGUGUGUGAGCCGUGUGUGUAAAUCGGGCGUAAAGUGCAAGCAAUCAUGUCUGAGAAAGAAGCUGUCGAUCAUGUCGAGGGUGAGGAGCACGAUGCCAACUACCAGCCUCCCCCGCAGAAGACCAUCGAGGAAAUCAUGGCAGCCGACGCAGAGGACGAAAGCUUACGAAAGUACAAAGAAGCCCUGCUAGGGGAAGCUCAAUCCGAGAAGAUUAUUUUCGACGACUCGGACCCACGGAAGGUUAUUGUGAAAAAACUCUCUCUUCUGGUGGCUGAUCGCGAUCCCAUGGAACUGGACCUGUCCGGCGAUAUUUCCAAGCUGAAAAAGAAUGUCUUCGUGAUUAAGGAAGGCAUCCAGUAUAAGAUUCGCAUCGAUUUCGUUGUGCAGAGGGAAAUUGUUCAUGGGCUGAAAUACGUCCAGAAAACCUACAGGAUGGGAGUGCCCGUGGACAAAUUGACUCAGAUGGUCGGCUCGUACCCGCCGAAGAAGGAAAUCCAAAGCUACACCACCCCGUUCGAGGAGGCCCCCUCGGGAAUGAUGGCCCGCGGUACCUACUCGGUGUCGUCUCUCUUCACCGACGACGACAAGAACGAGCACCUCAAGUGGGAAUGGAGUUUCGAGAUUAAAAAAGACUGGCAGUAAAGAAUUUAUUAAAAUCUUAAGAUGCUUAAACAAACAAGAACAACAAUCGCUCUGCAUCAAAUAAUCACGUUUAUAUAUAUACAUACAUACUAUGCAUAUACAGAAGAAAAAUAAGGGUUAGAGGAGCUGACAGUAUGUCAGCUUUCGAUCGGGUUCAGUAGAAGAUUCGCGCGUGCACUCCUCCGGAUAGGUGUGCCCUGCCGGACGAACAUGAAACAAAAUGGGAGAUUACAUGAGAAGAAAACAUAAGAAUAAGGUCUUCGUGAAGGAGUUUUAUCGCUUUAAAAUGUAGCCAGAUACAUAUUAUUUCAUUUUUAAAGUUUAUUAUCCUAUAAUAGGCAAAGCAAGGUGAAAACAGCAGUGAAAAGGUGCAGAACGUUCAAGGUGUUGAAUGAACAAAAACAAGUAAUUAAGCGAGAAGAAAAUGUUGCCGUUUCCAAAGUUCGUGUUGUACUAAUUUGCUUGUGAGCGUCGGUAAUCUGGAAGAACAAACAAGAACGAGAACAAGUCAACGGGGUUAAAUGUGAUGCUUUAGCAGCCACGGUAUUAUAACUAUAUGGUAUUAUCGUUUUCCUUCUACUGAGCGUUAUAAAACAAUUCUCGGUGGAUUUCGUGAUUAAGAAACAUUUUCCAAUUUCUAAUGUAUUCAACUUUAUCGCAGUUGAUAACAUAGAGACAGAAAUACUGCAUUUUCCCUUUGCGUCGUUGCUCGUUUCCAUUUCUGUGCGCUGUAGUAUCAUUUCACUAGCAGUGUAUGAUUGUGCUGCCAAACGAGAAAAAGUAUGUGCUUCAAAAAGCAAUAAAACCGUAAAAAUACUAUCCUGCUAACCUAUGCGAAUGGAAGAAAACAAAGAAAGUAUAUCCAAAAGUGCUACCUUUUUAUAAUAAGAUUAAGAAUUAAAUCGAGAGCAAACAAUAAAAUCCUAGCUGCGACAAACAAGUGCAUAAAUGUGUAAGCAUAAGAACCAAUAAAAAUGACCUUUUUACACCAUUACCUAGCAAGAUAGGAAACGUCGAAGGUAAAAUAAAAGAACAAUUAGUAAUGAUUUUUCAUAUUUCUCAAACCAGAUAGGAUUUGUUGCAAUCUUUGCGCUUUGUAGGUGAGUAUAUUGCGAAUUAUUUUGACUUACAAUGUUUACAAUCAAUAGUUUUGCGUGAAAACCUAGCUGCAGUAUCGCCAAGCCAGGAUUUGCAUUUACACGGCAGUAUACUUUUUUUUCUCGAUUACUACUUAAACGGUUAGCUUUCUAAAUUAGCUUCGUAAAUUUUGUUUUGUAAAUCAAAAUAGUCAGUACGUGUUUAAGUUGGUCGAACCUAGAAAUCCGCAUAAUACACGCAUUUAAAAACAGGAAUUCAUAAGUUCAAGAAAAGUAACUGGUCAACAAAAAUCAAUAACCCUAUUUACAACCAACCGAUUAGCCAUAUAUACCUAGGAGAAUGAACAAAUGAAAUAAACCCGCAGAACCCGAACCGAUUAAUGCAGAUAAUAAAACCAGUAGCGCCAAGAUUAUAGCAUUGAAAAUAAACAAAACAAACUACAGUCAGUUUUGUGCUCAACUUGUUCAAACAAACAAUAA